AUGUCUCCUCGAGCAAAGGUGUACGAAGAUGUUCUCGACCGUGGUGGGUAUUGUUUGAGGCGCAGUUCCAGUGGUCAGAUCGUCCAGCGUCCCGAGCGCGUCCUUUCGCGUCCCGCCCCCGGUCAGACCGCGCGAGACGUGGCGCUGGCCUUGGCUCCCGGCCACCACCUGUCGCCAAGCAGGAGCAGCCCUGUGUUACCAUCAUCGCCGACAUGGUACGCCCUGACCUGCUUCAUGCGUCGACUCCAUGACCCGCCCACUCUCACACACCGCCAAACCCUUGACGACGUCCACGACUGCUGCGUCGAGGGUCGUCGUGUCGCCAGGCCCCGCCGACGACCCUCAUUCGGGACCCACCCACCCACCUUGAUUUGCCCGAGGCGCUUCACGAGUCACAGGUUUGUGCUGCAACUCACCGCUGCCGACGCGACGUCGGCCCAGCCUCAGCUACUGACGGUCCCGAGAUGCCGCAUGUGCAGUCAUCGACUCAACCCAUUAAUGCUCUGCGGCGGAAGCCUCAAGACGCCACGGACGACGAAGAGGACCACGACGGCCAAGACAAGCAGAUGUCCAAUGACGAACCAUACGACCAUCUGGCGUCGACAACAGCGGCGCUUCCCACCUGGGAUUCUCACGUAAGGCUUGGGAGGAGAAGCGGACACUCGUCUUUCGCCGGGUCCGAGCUGAUGCAUGGCACUCCCACGUCUGUCCAGUCCGCAGAGCUCGACGACGUCAGCUAAACCGCAUCGAUCCCCAAUGACACCUCGUCGCAACGACAAACGACCAGCCCGAGUGAUUACCGAACCUGCUUGUCCGGCUUUCGCGUCACCUAGCUUAAACCAACUCCAAAACUUUACCACUGAAGUCCGAUUCAAAGGCCAAGUUCAACGACCCUGUCAUUGUUCGUGCCCGCGUCCCGCGCCCCCUGGUCGAGGAGUCAUAGGUGCUGAUAGGGUAUCGUUGCCAAUCUGGACAGCUAACUGACCGCGAUAAAGACGACGAUGACGACGACGAUGACGUGGGCGACAAGCCGCGCAAGCGUCGGCGCACCGAGAUCUCCUUGGCUGUCUCGGACACUGAGGGGACAGAGGACAAGACUUUCCAAGUACGUUGCACCCCUGCAAUGACGUCAGCCGAAACAUCCUGGUGACACGCUCACCCACGCGCUUAACCCAACCAGGGCAUGCACUCUAAACCCCAGUACUCUACGCCAUAUUUCGACGGCCCGAGCAACGUGAGCUGGUGCAGAUGCGCCCCCGCGUCGUGCCCCACUCCGCUGACUGUACUCAACAAAAACACCCACCGCCCCCAAACGCGGCAUCUGGCCAAGAUGGCCUAUCUGUUUUGGCCGCGACGAUCAGCGCUCGGUUGGAUCGUGUGGAAAUCCAGCUUGCCCGACUGGUCGACGUGCUCACCGCUCCCUCUCUGGACAUCAUCAAGGUUGGUGGAUGUUCUUUUGCUCUCGCCCAUAAGUUCCUACUGACCGAGCUGUGUUCAUGACUGUGCCAGUCCGAUGUGGGGUCAGCUGCCAAAAUCUUCGUUUCCACGCCACUCCUCUGCGAGCACCACGGUGCUGCACCUAUGUUCCCGGUAGGUGAACUAUGUUCUCGGUUGUGCUGGGCUGUUCACUGACUCAGGGCUGCACUAAUGUAGGCUGCACUACGCAAGGGCCGGUUGGUAUCAGAAAGCGACGUCAAGCAUCGAGCUUUCUACAAGGCUCUAAUGCGCCAGCUUCCGAGUGCGCUAAUGCAAGGCCGAUCUGAACUCGAAGAUCAUGUAAGCGGCGUGUUGUCCACGUCCGGGCCUGCUCAUUGACGCACGGCUGCGCCACGCCUUCUGACCGCCGGCUCGCGCUCAGAUUAAGCGCGCCCGGGGCGACUCUGCAUUGUUGGGAACAACAAUGAAGUCGUGGCAUAAAAACCUCGAAGUCACAAUCACUGACGAGCAUGUGUGCUGGUGGCGCGUGUUGGUACGUGAUUGGGUGACACGCCCUCUCAACCCUAGAUUUCAGCUUAACCCUUCUCAUUUGCUUCAUAUCUCAGUGGCAAGCCGUCAAGCAGCCCGACCGCAAAGCCACGGUCGAGGCCGAUCUUACGGGGAAUGAAUUUCACAAAACAGCCAACGUGCCCGAGUCCAGGUCGAACAGCUUUGCCGAAAAGGUGAAUCGCCUUUCCUCUACCCUCGCGGAAAUAGCGGUCGACGCAUACCUUGAGGACGAGUACAAGCACGGCCGUGAAUUUGACCAUCAACGGUGAGUCGCAGGUCAAUCGGGGACAUGCAUUCGCAGGUCGAAUGAACUGACGCUGCGCACCCGUUCGUCGCGAGCGAUAAUUUUCUGACGGAUCAACUUGCCCCGGUCAUGCCUGUACUCGUCCUCAAGGUAUGCGUCGACCGCUAUUUCCGCGAGGGUAGAGGAAAGGCGAUUCACCUUUUCGGCAAAGCUGUUCGACCUGGACUCGGGCACGUUGGCUGUUUUGUGAAAUUCAUUCCCCGUAAGAUCGGCCUCGACCGUGGCUUUGCGGUCGGGCUGCUUGACGGCUUGCCACUGAGAUAUGAAGCAAAUGAGAAGGGUUAA